AGCGCAGGGGAGCGCGCGGCGGGAUCCUGGGAGCGUGCCCGGACUGCGGCGCAGCUCCGGUACGCCACUCCGGCCCGGCCGAGCCCCCUGCCCGCGUCCGGCUCCCGCGCCGGGCGACACUGCAGGGGUGGCGUUGGGGGCGACCGCCGGUCCUGGUGCUGGUGCCUGCGCGCUGCUGGAGGCCAGCCCGGAACCCGUAGCCGGGAGCCAGCGUCCACGCCGGAGCAGGAGCCGGAGAGCGAGCCAGAGCGGCGGCUCCUCCGUGGAGCCCGGCCGCCGCCGCAGCGGGCACCAUGGCCGUGGACGUGGCAGAGCGCCGCCUGAGCGUCAUCAAGAGCCCCCCUGACUGGGAGGUGGGCGUCUACGCUGCGGGGGCCCUGGCGCUGCUGGGAAUCGCAGCCGUGAGCCUGUGGAAGCUCUGGACCUCGGGCAGCUUCCCCAGCCCCUCGCCCUUCCCCAACUACGACUACAGGUACCUGCAGCAGAAAUACGGCGAGAGCUACGCGGAGGCCAAGCAGAAGAGGGCGCCCACCUGGAAUGCCCAGCGGGCCAGCGCUCGGGGACCGCCCAGUCGCAAGGGCAGCCUCAGCAUGGAGGACACCUUUGAGAGCAUCAGCGAGCUGGGGCCGCUGGAGCUGAUGGGCCGUGAGCUGGACCUGGCGCCCUACGGGACCCUCCGGAAGUCCCAGUCGGCCGACUCCCUCAACUCCAUCUCCUCCGUGAGCAACACCUUCGGGCAGGACUUCACGCUGGGCCAGGUGGAGGUGAGCAUGGACUACGACGCCGCCUCCCACACCCUCCACGUGGCCGUGCUGCAGGGCAAGGACCUGCUGGAGCGGGAGGAAGCCAGCUUCGAGUCCUGCUUCAUGCGCGUCAGCCUGCUGCCGGACGAGCAGAUCGUGGGCAUUUCCCGGAUCCAGAGGAACGCCUACUCUAUCUUCUUCGACGAGAAGUUCUCCAUCCCCCUGGACCCCGCGGCCCUGGAGGAGAAGAGCCUGCGGUUUUCUGUCUUCGGCAUCGAUGAGGACGAGCGGAACGUCAGCACGGGAGUGGUGGAGCUGAAGCUCUCUGUGCUGGACCUUCCACUGCAGCCCUUCAGUGGCUGGCUGUACCUGCAGGACCAGAACAAGGCCGCCGACGCUGUGGGGGAGAUCCUGCUGUCUCUCAGCUACCUCCCCACGGCCGAGCGUCUCACCGUGGUCGUGGUGAAGGCCAAGAAUCUGAUCUGGACCAACGACAAGAGCACUGCGGGUAAGACCCCCUACGUCAAGGUGUACCUGCUGCAGGAUGGGAGGAAGAUGAGCAAAAAGAAGACAGCCGUGAAGAGGGACGACCCCAACCCAGUGUUCAACGAAGCCAUGAUCUUCUCGGUGCCGGCCAUCGUGCUCCAGGACCUGUCUCUCCGUGUGACGGUGGCUGAGAGCAGCAGCGAUGGCCGUGGGGACAACGUGGGCCACGUCAUCAUCGGGCCGUCCGCUAGUGGCAUGGGCACCACACACUGGAACCAGAUGCUGGCCACACUGCGCAGGCCUGUGUCCAUGUGGCACCCUGUCCGACGAAACUAGCAGCCAGGACAAGGCCAGGGCGGGCACUGGAGCUGCCCGGAGCCUGGCUCAAGCUCAGGUGUGACGCCCUUCUCCAUCGUCCAGCUGAAGCCAUGAAUGCCGGGGCCCCCGAUGGACUCCCCAGGAGCCUUCUCGGUCCCGCUACCCAGACUGCAGAGCAGGAGCGGGCCUGGCUGGCUGUCUAGGGACCCAGGGCUCCCCCCACUGAGGACCGGCUGUGGCUGGGCACUGGCUCAUUGUUCUCCUAUUUUGAGAUCCCCAGUGGGUCUGCCCUCAGCCUGGGGGACCUCGCCCUCUCAGAGCUCCCCAUACCCAACCCCGGCUGGGAGGCCAAGGCUGAGCUGGGCCACACGCCGGAACAGAGCAAGUCUUGGGAGCCGGGCGCCGUGCUAGGCACCCGCAGGCGUGACAUGAACAAGACACAGACCCACAGGAUGCCGGGAAGGCAAGAUCCCCUGUCCUGGGGAUCUACUUGGUGCUGGACGGUGGCCCCUCCAGGCAGACUCGGGGAGGGCCCUGGGGGCUGGAGGGCGGAACGGGAGCUGUGGUUUGAGGGGCAGGGGAUGCCCUGAGAGCAUUCUGGACGGGCAGUCCCGCCCGAGCGUGGCAGGGACGGAACGUCCUCAGCCCACUGUGGUGGGCCUGCGGGCCUCUUUCUGGGCCAAGGAAGAGACCCGGAGACGGAGCGAGCAGAGGCCCACCCGCCCCACGGGACGCUGGCUCUGGAGUCACUCUCUGAAAUCCACCCGCUGGACAUCGCCCUUGCCCAGGCCCAGCGGUCGGCAGGCCCAGCCCCAGGCCCUUGUGUUCGGUCCCACACACCCGGGCGCUGGCUCCACGGCGGGUUCUCCGGGUCCGUCCAGGCCAGGACAGGCCCUGUCGGGAAGGGAGGAGAGCUAUCUCAGCCUGUGGGGGGCCAUGGGCGGUGGGGCGGCCAGGACACAGACUGCAGGGGGGUGGUCUGUGGGAGCAGCCCUGCGGGCUGCAGACCCCUGAGAGGGUGCAGCGGAGCUGGAGACCCUUAUGCUGGGCUUUGGGGGGAGGGGCAGCCUGCACAGUGGCCGGGAGGGACCGUCAAGGGGGUCAGAACGGAAUAUGAGUCUGGGAAGGAGGUGGCUCUGGGAAGGAGGUAGAACACCGAGUGUCCUAGGGCAGGUUCCCAAAGCAGACCCUGAGCUGAGGCGUCAAGGCGUCGGGCAGGGCAGAGCCCCCAGGGGACCCCGGUAAGGGCAAGAGGGGAGCCGUGUGCAGAGAGCAAGUUGUAGCUCCGAGAGAGCCCAUCGUCAGCCUGGGGGCUUGGGGGAGCUCCGAGUGUGAACUGCAAGCUGUACCCCGGGGUCAAAGGGGCUCAGCAGUUACCCUGACAUGACAUGCAUCAUCUUUGGCUACCAUCCCGCCCUCAGCUGGAGAGAUAAGGGUCCCUCGCUGAGGGAGUUCCCAUUCACCAAGAACAGCACCUCCCAAAAGCAGGCAGCUGUGCACCGUGCACGGCUGGGGGGUGGGUGUCCAUGCUGGUUCAAAGGGAUGGGGGGGGCACUAUCUACCCUGUUGGCCGCCCACAGGUGAGCACGUGGGUGGGAUCCCGGGCUGGCUGCCUCUGGCCCUGGUGAGCUGUGGGGACCCAGGCCCCCCGUUAUCCCCAGCGAUGUGGCGGGAGGGGUGGCUGGAACAGGGUGGGAGGCCUGGGUAGCACUGGAACUAGGGGCAGGACCCUGGCUCUUCCCACCUGACACAGCCAUGGCCCGGCCCUGCGGCCAGGCCGGCUACGCUGUAGCCAGCACCAGGAGGUCUGCAGGGCCUGGGGACACAUAGCUGGGGCAGCUCUGCAGCCUGAGAGACCCUGGACCCUUCCUACCCCAGGGGCUCUGCGGUGCCAGCCCUGACCCCCACCUCUUCCCCCUCCCCUCUAACUGCAUGAAAUGUGGACUGCGCCGCGCUGGGAUGGGAGUGGUGGGGACUGGAUAUGCUGAGUGGAAUGAUUCUAGAACCAAAAUAAAACCGGGGCAGGAAGGAGGGGGCUUCCGCAAGCCCUGCUCAGCCUGAA